AUGGUAAGGACACAAGCCGGCUCGCCGGGCCUUCCCGCAGCGCGGCAGGGGCGGCUCGCCUCGCCCCGGCGGCCGGUCCCGGGCGGUGCCAGCAGCGGCCUGGGGGACGAGGCGGAACCGCUCACCAAGCGGCACAUAGACGGCAUCUUCACGGACAGCUACAGCCGCUACCGGAAACAAAUGGCUGUCAAGAAAUACUUAGCAGCCGUCCUGGGGAAAAGGUAUAAACAAAGAGUUAAAAACAAAGGACGCCGAGUAGCGUAUUUGUAG